UUUCUUUUUUUUUUUAAUCCAAAAAAAAAGCAUUAGUGAUUAGUGGUAUUGGCUAAGGCUAAUGAUGUUGUAUAAUAUGACACUUUCUCCCAUCUCAAGUGGACCGAAGAUGUCAGGACCGACCACCCUUGGUCUAAACUUCUUUCCCCGCUUUUCUUCCAAACCCAUCACGGUUUCUCCCUCACUUGCCCUUUUCCCCACAUCAAAAUCGAAUCUUUCAACUUCUUUUCUGCUCUCCAAAGGCCUCUCUCAGUGUCGGAGGAAACUCACUUACUUGGGUCCCAACACCAUGUUUGAAUUGAUGAAAGCUUCUGCUUUUAGGAACGGUAAUGGUGAAGAAGGUGUUAAAACGAUUGAACAAGAAGCUUUAGUUGGAGGGUCUUCUGGGUUGUUGAGUAAUGGGCUUGAGUCAACCCUUAAUCGACUGAGUAAGUGGAUUGUAUCUGGGAUUUUUGCUGCUGUGCUUCUUGGGAGGCAUGAUGCAGAAGCCGUUUGGUUUGCCAUGGGAUCUAUUAUAAAUGCUUUGCUAUCUGUUGCAUUAAAACGAAUACUAAACCAAGAAAGACCUGCUUCUGCAGUGAAAUCAGACCCUGGAAUGCCCUCCUCACAUGCUCAAUCCAUUUUCUUUAACUUCAUGUUUGCCAAUUUCUCAAUUGUGGAAUGGCUAGGUGUUAAUGAUAUUACACUUGCAAUCAGUGGAUUUAUCUUGAUUUUUGGUUCAUAUCUUACAUGGUUACGAGUCUCGCAACGACUUCAUACUCUCAGCCAAGUGGUUGUUGGUGCAAUUAUAGGUUCAAUAUUCUCUGUUUUUUGGUAUUGGUCAUGGAAUGCUUUCUUGCUGCAGGCCUUUGAAUCCUCUUUAUGGGUUCAAAUAAUUGUCCUACUUGUAGCUGCUGGAUCAUGCUUGGGAUUUGUUUUCUACGUGUUUCAGUACUGGUUUAGGGAUGAAUAAUGAACUGUACAAAAUAUACAAAUUCACAUAAAAUUGUAAGCUCCAACUAACUGUUGUGUACCAAUUAUUCUUGAAUUGUAAAAAUUUACUUGUAUUCAAUUGUUAUACGAAAUGCAGCUCUUUAUAAUAA